AUGGCCGCCGACAAGCCCAACUGCAAGGUGAUCCUCGCAAACAACAUUGCGAAAAGCCUGCUUGGAGAGAUCCAGGAUGGGUUGAAGGAGCUUGAUCGAAAGCCCCUUCUUGUAGGCUUCCUGUCCAGCAGCGACCCUGCCGCAAGGGUUUACGCUGAGUGGACUGGCAAGACGUGCCAGGAGAAUGGCUUUGCCUACGAAUUGCGUGAGAUCGACCGCGAGGAGCUCGAAGACGCUCUGAUCGACGCCAACAACGACUCCAAGGUUAACGGUAUCAUGGUCUAUUACCCUAUCUUCGGCAAUAGGCAAGAUCAGUACCUGCAGCAGAUUGUCUCCACUGAAAAGGAUGUCGAGGGUCUGUCCCACCAGUACAUCUUCAACAUGUACCAGAACGUCCGCUUCCUCGACCCUGCCGGCACGAAGAAAAGCAUCUUGCCGUGCACACCGCUCGCUGUCAUCAAGAUCCUCGAAUACCUUAGGAUCUACAACACCAUUCUUGCGUACGGCAACAGACUGCAUGGACGCACGAUCACCGUGAUCAACCGAAGUGAGGUUGUGGGUCGACCAUUGGCAGCUCUGUUGGCCAACGAUGGUGCGACUGUAUACAGCGUGGACAUUGCCGACGUGCAGGAAUUCACACGAGGUGAGGGCAUCAGGAAGAAGAAGCACGACGUCGUGGAGAAGCCUGGCUGGGAGCUCAAGGACUGUCUGCCCAUCAGCGACGUGGUCAUCAGCGGUGUGCCCGGUGACAAGUACAAGGUACCGGCGCACCUGCUGAAGGAUGGCGCUGUUUGCAUCAAUUUCUCGAGCGAUCGCAACUUCAACCCAGACGUGAAGGAAAAGGCAUCCAUUUACGUCCCUGCUAUCGGCAAGGUCACCAUAGCGGUUCUGCUCCGCAACCUCCUCCGUCUUGCGCAGAACAAGGCCGAGGCCGCCGCCAACGAGGCCGCUCAGGCCACACAAUCUAUGGAAGACGAAAAGAAGCCUGCCGAGGAGGGCGCGGUUCCGGCGCUGGCUUCCUAG